AUGUAUUCCAAACGUGCUACGUCCAUCUUUAAUUACUACACUUCAUACAAUAAUUUGGUGAACAGACAUAUAAAAAAGAAUCAACCAGUAAUUCAGUUAUACUCGACCGUAAACUCACGUGAGUUAAAACGCCGUCAGAAAGCUGAACAGAAAUUAAAAGAAAAAGCUGAAAAAGCUGCUCAACAACCGGCUGUAAAUGUUGAAAAGAAAAUUUCUAAAGCUGAAGAAGAAAUCAGUCCAAAUGAAUAUUAUAAGCUGAGAACCGCUGCUGUGGCUGCCCUUAAAACUGGAAGUAAAGAGGAGCACCCUUAUCCACACAAAUUCACUGUUACAAUAUCUUUAGAAGAAUUUAUUGAAAAGUACAAUAAUCUAAACAGUGGAGAUGUCUUGGAAAAUGUUACUCUCUCACUUGCAGGCAGGAUCCAUUCUAUCCGAGAGUCUGGUGCCAAACUUAUAUUUUAUGAUUUAAGAGGGGAGGGUGUAAAGAUUCAGGUUAUGGCUAAUGCUAAAUUGUAUGAAACGGAAGAAAAAUUUGUGAAAGAUACAGAUAAACUGAGAAGAGGUGAUAUUAUUGGUUGUACAGGUCAUCCAGGCAAGACAAAAAAAGGUGAAUUAUCAAUAGUUCCCAAAACAGUGCAACUGUUGUCACCAUGCCUUCAUAUGCUUCCUCAUUUGCAUUUUGGCUUGAAAGAUAAAGAAACAAGGUUCAGAAAACGAUACCUGGAUCUCAUUUUAAACAAUAAGGUGAGACAAAUAUUCUAUACAAGAGCUAAAAUUAUUGCCUAUAUAAGAAGAUUUUUAGAUAAUCUUGGCUUUUUGGAAAUUGAAACGCCAAUGAUGAAUAUGAUCGCAGGGGGUGCAACUGCGAAACCUUUUAUAACUCAUCAUAAUGAUUUGAAUAUGGACUUGUAUAUGAGAAUCGCACCAGAACUGUAUCACAAGAUGUUGGUAGUUGGUGGUUUGGACAGAGUUUAUGAGAUUGGUAGACAAUUCAGAAAUGAAGGUAUUGAUCUCACCCAUAAUCCUGAAUUUACCACUUGUGAAUUUUAUAUGGCAUAUGCAGAUUACCAUGAUUUAAUGGAGAUCACUGAGAGUUUGCUUUCUGGCAUGGUAAAGAGUGUUCAUGGAACUUUCAAGGUAAAAUACCAUCCUGAUGGACCAGAGGGUGAAGAAGUAGAAAUUGAUUUUUCUCCACCAUUUGCCAGAGUACCCAUGAUCGCUACUCUUGAAAAAGAAUUAAAUGUGAAGCUUCCACCAGCAGAUAAACUUGAUACACCUGAAGCCAAUGCUAUACUUAGCAAGCUUUGUGAAAAGCAUGAGAUUGAAUGCCCUCCACCAAGGACAACAGCUAGAUUGUUAGACAAAUUAGUUGGAGAAUUUCUUGAAGAAAAAUGCAUUAAUCCAACAUUUAUUUUGGAUCACCCUCAAAUCAUGAGUCCCCUAUCAAAAUACCAUCGGGAUGUACCUGGACUAACUGAGAGAUUUGAAUUGUUUGUAAUGAAAAAAGAAAUAUGUAAUGCAUAUACUGAGUUGAAUGAUCCAGUUACCCAAAGAGAGAGAUUUGAACAGCAAGCGAAGGAUCGUGCUGCUGGUGAUGAUGAAACUCCUCCUACUGAUGAAGCAUUUUGUACAGCACUAGAGUAUGGUCUUCCACCAACUGGUGGUUGGGGGCUAGGUGUUGACCGUCUCACUAUGUUUUUAACAGAUUCAAAUAACAUUAAGGAGGUACUAUUGUUCCCAGCAAUGAAACCAGAUGAUCCUAACAAACAUAAUACAGAUGAUGGUGCACCAGAUCAAAAUGUAACUCAGAAUGGUGCAUAA